AUGUUCAGUCAGUGUGCCCCCAGCCACGUCCAGUCUGUGUGCCCCCAGCCACGUCCAGUCUGUGUGCCCCCAGCCACGUCCAGUCUGUGUGCCCCCAGCCACGUCCAGUCUGUAUGCCCCCAGCCACGUCCAGUCUGUGUGCCCCCAGCCACGUCCAGUCUGUGUGCCCCCAGCCACGUCCAGUCUGUGUGCCCCCAGCCACGUCCAGUCUGUGUGCCCCCAGCCACGUCCAGUCUGUGUGCCCCCAGCCACGUCCAGUCUGUGUGCCCCCAGCCACGUCCAGUCUGUGUGCCCCCAGCCACGUCCAGUCUGUGUGCCCCCAGCCACGUCCAGUCUGUGUGCCCCCAGCCACGUCCAGUCUGUGUGCCCCCAGCCACGUCCAGUCUGUGUGCCCCCAGCCACGUCCAGUCUGUGUGCCCCCAGCCACGUCCAGUCUGUGUGCCCCCAGCCACGUCCAGUCUGUGUGCCCCCAGCCACGUCCAGUCUGUGUGCCCCCAGCCACGUCCAGUCUGUGUGCCCCCAGCCACGUCCAGUCUGUGUGCCCCCAGCCACGUCCAAUAA